CUUGUCAUAUCGUUUCAUCGUUACGUUGUUGGUGAAAAUAGUAUAAAUAAAUAAAUACAUUAAAAUAAGUAGGGAAUGUAGAGUGUAGAGAUAGGUCAGAUAUAGUUUUAUGUGAACAUACUUUGUAUUUGGUAGGUUUUUUUUAUCGAAUCAUGGAUGCCUUGAUGAAGUUACAAUAAUUACUACACAAGUUAGUGAUCUUUAACUUUUAUAGUAGCGGUAAAUAUAGGAAUAUCUGGACAAUUUCUUUGUUCUCCAGGUGUAACAAAAACAUGGCUUCAGAUAUUUUGGAUCCUUCUGUGAUAAAUUUCCAUGGGGAUUUUUACACUCAAGUCGAAAAUAUAAUGCAACGUGUGAGACUGACCCGAAGUGAGGUGGAAGACUUGAGAAGACUAUUUUUUGACUUAGAGCAGACCCUGAGGGAAUAUUGGCCAGGUUGUAUUGUUAUGCCAUUUGGGUCAAUAGUCACAGGGUUAGGAAUUAAAUCAAGUGACGCAGAUUGCUACGUUCACUUGCCUGAACACCUUAAGUCCCCCAACGAGUGCUAUGUCAUGACAGCCAAGCAGGUGCUGAAGCGCAGACCACACAUCUUCCAAAACCUGUUUGUGAUAAGUGCUGCCAAAGUCCCAAUAGUGAAGUUUUUUCACACUCCAACUCAAUGUGAAGUCGACAUAAACUUCACGAGCCCUGCCGGUGUUCAGAAUAGUAAAUUAAUAGCAUAUUUAUUGCACAUAGACAGGAGAGCAUUACAUUUAGCAGUAUUAUUGAAAUACUGGUCUAAAGUUCACCAAUUGACUGGCGUCAACCUGGUACCUAAUUAUGCACUUACAAUGAUGAUAAUAUUCUUUUUACAACAAAUGAGUAUACUACCACCAGUAUGCAAACUCCAACAAGGCACAAAGCAAGAUAUUGUUGAAAACUGGAACACAUCUUUCAAUGAGAGUUACCAACAUCACACUAGUAAUGACAUGUCAUUGUAUGCACUUCUUGGUGGAUUUUUUGAAUAUUUCAGCACUUACCAAUACAAAGAAUAUGUUAUUUCACCAUACACAGGUUAUUCCAUUGACAGAAAUCAGUUCAAGCGUUUGGAUUUCGUGCCCGACGAAUUUGAUUUAUAUAAAGAAAAUAUUGAAUAUCAGAAAUGUAAGCCAUUGCAAAUUAACAAUCCAAUGUGUGUUCAGGAUCCGUUUGAGCACUCCAGGAAUAGCUCGGUAGCAGUGUAUCCGAGGCUGUUGACGAAAUUAGUGUACUAUUUGAAGCAUGCUGCGGAUAAUUAUAAGAAUUGCUCUCAGAAUCAUUUUCUUAAAACGUUAUUAGAUCCAAGGAAUGUUCCAGACAUACCUGUUAUGCUUACUACUCGAAGGGAGCAAAAUAGGCUUGAUCCAAAGAGACCAAAUAGAGUUACAAAAGAAAAGUACAGAAACAAAGGAAGGAGAAUAAAUUUGAAUGCUUGUUAUGGUGAAGCAAGUAAAUUACAGAAAAAUUUCCACCGGCGAAGAUUUUGAACGGUUACACACAGAUUAGUGUAAGUAUUUGUAUUCAAAUCAGAGAUCUUAUUAAUAUUUACUUAUUAAACACAAGGAAAAUAAAAGUCAUUUUGGUAUUAAGAUUUUUUAAUUAAAAAAGAACAACUACCCACAUUUGAGAUUCGGUUUAGACAUUAGUUACAUACAAGGUAUUAAUGACUCCAUAUAUAUCCAAUAAUGGAAUAUAAAUAGAUAAUGAUUAAACAAGAGGCUUGCGAGACAUUUUGAAAACGACUGCCAAGGGAAAUGAUAAAACAUCACAGUAUGUAUACCACUGAUAAAUGCUUAAAUUUAUUAUCUAUGUAUCUUAGAAUAAUAGUGAUAGAUCUAAUGCCCCAGGUCUACGGUAUGGUCAGAGUGUGAACCGCAGCUUGUUCUUGAUCAGCCAGAACGAGUCGAUGACAGAGCCAUUCAGGUCAGCUGAAACCUGGAAAUAACAAUAUAUUAAGUCCAUUUCAUACGUCCAUGAGCAUUUACAAAUAAAGGGACAAAACAAUUUUCUUGAAAAAUAACAAAAAACAGAAGAAAAAAGCGAAAUAAAAAAGGUGUCAUAAUGAUUAUGUGCUAGUGCAAAAUUUUUGUGUUUUAUUAUAGGUAUUUAUUUCAGUACAAGAUUGCGAGGCACCCUUAUCGAAAGUUAAUUUACAUAAAUAUAAUUUUAAAAUGAUACACUAAUUUUCGAUUAUAUAAACUGUUUUUUCUUUAUAAAGUGCAUCGAUAGUCCAGUCGAGUGAGUAGUCGAUUUGCACAAAAAUUAUUCGCACAAUCGUGCGAAUCGUCCCCUUUCAAUACAAAUAUUUUUUUAGUAGGCGAUUCGCACGGAAGUAUUUAAAUUGCGUGCGAAUCGACCCCUUCAAGAAUUAGUAGUAUGCGAUUCUUAAUCUUUAAAAUCAGUAUCAAUGCUCGCUCACGAGCUUCCCAAGCGAGCGGAGCUAGCAUAAUCUCACCUGUUCAACAUAAAUGUGUGUCUUGUUGAAAGUAUGGAACUUCGUGUAGCCGUAGUCUUGAGAGCGGAACGCCGACCACGGCGCCGGCUUAUCUGUGAAUCAAUUGUAAAAUUAUAACCUUCUACUUACUUUUCGAUUCUCUUAACUUCUUAUGCGAUUAAUUCAUAUUUUUGUCUUGACGAGCGUGUACGAAGAGCGUUAUGAAUGUGGAUAAAGCGAAAGAAGUCUGCAAGGAUCGUGGCAAAUGGAUAGAUGUAGUCUGUAUAUAGCUCUGAGAAAGGGGUGUGACGUUAUUUUUAUGAAUGUAAUUCUAAUCAUGGGUGUUUGAUUAUCUAUCCUACUAAUAUUAUAAAGCUGAAGAGUUUGUUUCUUUGUUUGAACGCGCUAAUCUCAGGAACUACUGGUUCGAAUUGAAAAAUUAUUUUUGCGUUGAAUAGACCAUUUAUCGAGGAAGGCUUUAGGCUAUAUUACAUCACGCUGCAACUUCAGUCAUGCCCAAAAUAACUAUUCCACGCUGACGAAUUCGCGGGCACAGCUAGUAAUGUAUAUUUAUAGUAAUAUACAAAUCUCAUAUUAAGAUCUUAUCGUUAUACACAUUCAGGCAACUGGAUUCAAGUAACCAUGAUCGAUUCACCAACACGAGUUAGGUUAGUCUGCAAAAGUUACGGAAGUCAUAUUUUUUCAUAUUUCAUAUUUAUUUAUUUCUUAACAAUACAAUUGUGUUGAAAAUUUUGUAAAAUAAUACCACCACCAUCCCAAUAGCAUUACAAAUUAAAUUACUUAAAUACAUAAAAUCGAAUUAAAAUCAAACAUAGAAAAGUGGAUAAAUGUCAAACAAAAUAAAAUAGUAAUAAUAUGUCAAUGUCGUAAUCGUGGGUCGGUAAUCGUAUUUCGCUGUGUCGUCGCUAUUUGCGAUUUAAAUAAUCAUCUAAGGAGUAGAAGCACUUUUUCAAUAAAUAAAUUUUUAAUUUGUCAAUAAAAUGCUUUGUAUACAGCAAGUCCUUCAAGUCCAUGGGCAGUCUAUUAAAAAACUUUACUACCUGGUAAUGAGCACUGUGCUUCACUACUAAUAACCGGGCUACUGUACCUGUAACAAAAUCUUUUCGUCUACUUGCUUCUCUUUUAAGUCGUUCCUCAUGAGUCUCAUAGUCAUUAACAUUUUUAGCGAAAUGUGACAGCAAUACCAAAAUAUAUAAACUUGGUACAGUUAAUAUACCCAAACGAAUGAAGUGGUCUUUGCACGACUCUUGUUGACGUAUACGUGUUAUAAUUCUUAUUGCCCUCUUUUGCAUAACAAAUGCCCUUUUCACGUUAUAAUCGUAACUAGCCCCCCAAAACAGUAUGCUAUACCUUAAUUUAGAUUCUACUAAGGCAUAGUAGACCAAUUUAAGGUGUUCCGUACCUACUUCUUCCCUGAGACUUCUUAGUACAUAGCAAGCCGAACUUAGUUUUGCUUCAAUAUCGUCAAGCUCGCACUUCCAAUUUAACAGGUAAUCAACAUGGACACCCAAAAAUUUUACACUUUCAACUAAAGGCAAAGGCUUAUUAUCCAGAGAAAUGCUAAUACUUUCCUGAUUUUGUGUAUUCGUUUUUAUUAAAAUUAAAUUCGUUUUGGAAGCAUUGACAACAAGGCCAUUUGCAUUAAACCAAUCGCUAACAGUUUUUAGGGAAUUGUCCACAGAUUGUUUUAGAUUUAACAUAUUGUCGGCUGAUAUUAUUAUAUUAGUGUCAUCUGCGUACAGUAUUAAUUUAAUUGAUUCUGGAUCAGUGGCGGAGGUGAAUUCAACUAAAUCAUUCACAAAUAAGGUGAAAAAGACAGGUCCUAGAAUACUACCUUGCGGUACUCCUGUUUUGAUAUUUGAUACACGUGAUUUAUAAACUUUCUCACAAUUAUCUCGAUCCGAACCAGUUGAACCUGUUAUCUGCACAAACAUUCGCCUAUUUUGCAAAUAUGAUCUGAAAAGUUGUAGGACUUUACCUCUUAUCCCAUAAUGAAAUAGUUUUUCUAGCAACAAUUCAUGAUUCACUGUGUCAAAGGCAGAACUUAGAUCCAAAAAGACGCCAGAAACAUUUUUUUUGUUAUUUAUAGCACUAGUAAUAUCGCUAAUAAGAGCAUUUAUUGCAUCCAAGGUUCCUACUCCUCUCUGGUAUCCAUAUUGCCUUAUAUUUAAUAUACUAUUUAAGUUUAAAUGACGUACUAAUCUGGAUUUCAUUGUCUUUUCUAAAAUUUUGGACAAUAUAGGCAGAAGUGAAAUGCCUCGAUACAUUUUUGGAUCCAGUCUUGACCCCUUUUUAUGUAUGGGAAUUAUCUUAGCCAACUUCAGCUGAUCCGGAAACACACCUUCUUCAAAACAAUUGUUACAAAAAUCACUUAUCGGUCUAGCCAGUAUAUCAAUAUUUUCUUUUAUAAUAGAAAUUGUUACCUCAUCAUAGCCACUAGAUUUCUUGGAUUCCAUCGAUUUUACUAUUUUAAAAAUUUCAUCAGCUGUAGUAGGGUUAAGUAACAUUUCUUGGUCAACUGAUUUUACUGAUUUCCUAAGAAACAUAAGUGCUUUGUUAAUGUCAGCCACAUUUCCAUAAGUACCUAAAUUAAACUGUUCUGCAAAUACCUCAACUAUUUCCUCAGGUUUCUGAAUGAGUUUAUUAUUUUGUUUCAGAAGAAAAUAUUGUUUACUAGAAUCUACUUUAUUUCUGUGCUUAUUAAUUAUUUUCCAAACAUCUUUAGAUAUAUUUGUAGAUUUUGCGAUUUGAGACGAUACAGUUAUUUUUUUUGCAUUUCUAAUUACCCUUUUAUAUAGCGUCAUGUAUUUUUUUCUAUAAUUUGUAACUGUAUCAUUAGUAUAUGUAGUUUUUCCUGUGCAUAAAAAUCUUUUCAUUUUGCUAGACGUCCUAAUACCUUUUGUCAUCCAUUUAAUUUGUGAAUUGUGUCUUGAACUUAAUUUCAUGUUUUUAAUUUUGAAGCUGCCCUUAAAAAUAUUAGUGAAGGUUUUUAUAAAAGAGUUAAUUCCCAUGUUUUCCCAAUUUGUAUUGACAAUAUGUUGUCGAAAAAUAUUCUUAUUUUUUAUACUAAAACUCCUCCGCUUGACAGUUAUGUACACAUUUUGUCCAUUUUUACCACUACCUGGUACCUUCGCCUUACACAGUAGUGCCGCAUGACCAUCUCCCAAUCCGUUGUGGUCUACUGUAAAACUGUCAAAUGUUGUAGGGGGUAAAUUAGUUAAGAUAUUGUCUAUACAUGAACUUUUAUUAUUUCUUUCAAAAGUUUUUUCAUGAAUCACUGCCCUGAAAUUAUAACAUUUUAAAAGAUUUAAAAAAACUUGCGUAUUAUUAUUACUUGUCAUAAUAUCUAUAUUAAAGUCUCCGCAUAUGAUACAAUUUUUAUUAAAAAAGUGCUCUAAAAGCUGUUCAAGUCUAAUUAUAAAGUCUUCAAACGUAUCUCUUAUAGGAAUACGAUAACAACAGCAAAUACAAACACCGAGGUCAAUAUCUCUUAUACAACUAAUCUCGAAACUAUCUCUUUUGUACAAUUUUUUCGCAAUCGGUAACACUUCCGUCUUUCUGUCCUUAUGUGCUAAUAUCAGGGUCCCCCCUCUUGUCUUAUUCACCCUAACAUUAUAGUCGACUAACUUAUAAUUGGUAAGAUUUAAUAACGAAAUUGACCCACUCAAUAAGAAGUGUUCACUGAUACACAGGUAAUGAAAAGUAUAAUCAAAGUUUUCUAGGUAUAAUUCUAAUUCAUCUUUUUUAUUACUAAUUCCGCACAAGUUUUGGUGAAAUAUAUUUAACUCAAUUAGAUUAUGGUCUUCAGUCACGAAAAAAAUUAUUCUCUACAUUUGGUUGAUUCAAUAUCUCACCUGUUUGAGUGCCAACUGUAAUACAAUGUGAACUUUUUCUGUUUAAAUUAUUUGUCACUACAAUAGAGUCUUUUUCUAAUAAGUUACAAAUAUUUUUGUUCCUAUUGUCCAGCACGUUAUGUCUUAUCUUUGUUAUAUAAUCAACAUAAUUAUUUUUGUAAUUUAUAUUUAGAAUGUCUCUUAAAAUUAACCUACAUACAUUUAUCUUAUUAACGUAUCCAUAAGUGUACUCAUCAUUCAGUGAUAUAUACCUAGCAUUAGUAAAGUAUGAACAUAUUAAUUUUAUUUUUCUAUUUAAAUUUUUAACAUCAAGAUAAUUAUUUUUUUGAAUUUCCCCUACUAAAAUAUUUGUAUGCCUAAUGUUAUGCAACAUAUGAUAGAAAAACGACUGUAAUUUUAUCAGAUUACUAUCAUUUGUUCCUCCUAGUAUAAGAAUAUAAUCAGAUUUAGUAAAAUUUUCACAUAAACAUUCACUUUUAUACAAUAUUUGGUCUAUUCCAGCAUUUGGUUUUAAAUAACAUGUUACAAUAAAAUUAUCACCCAAUAAGUUUUGUAAUUUUUCCCUCACUCCAUAACCAGUCUGAUCCGCAAGUAUUAAUAGUCUAUGUUUAACUCCCGAUGCACGACUGCUAGCGCCAUCUGUCGUGUUAUUAUCACAGUCUCCUUUGUUAAAGUUGAUCAAGUGACACUUAGAAUAUUUUUUUCUAAUCGGCGUACUGGUACUGUUUCCAACUUCGGCUAAAGUUGCCAAUCCAUCCACUGAUUUUGUUUUUAAUACUUGAUUGUCAACCUUGUUUGUUUGUGUAUGCCGUAAGUCUUUUUGCACGCACAGUUGUGUACCUGUUGUCGUGUUAAUACUCGUAGUCCGCGCAAAUUGGUAUUUCUUUUGGUAUUGAGGUGAAUAAAAUUUUAAUGCCGAAGAUGUGGUAUUCAAAUCGUUAUUUCCAAUUCCCACUGAUUUGUACAGUUUGAUUUUUUUUUCGUAAGUAUUCAAUUUCUUCUUUAAAUCCGCAUUUUCAAUAUUCAAAUUAUCAAUCUCGCUAGUAGCAAUCAUUAAUUCUGUACUUAAUUUUUCCACCUUUUCUGUUAACUCUUGAACUUCAAGUGUCGAUGUAGGUUCAGGAAGGCUUAGAUAGCUAUUUUCAUAAUAAGUAGCAUCCGGAGAAGAUAUUUCGUCACUUUUAUUGGAAUUUAUGUUGAGUUUUCUGAUUGUUA